AUGGCACCUCGCAAGAAGGCAGAAGAGAAGGCCACAGCCAACGAGGCCGCAGAUCUGGUGUUGGAGUAUCUUCGCAAGCAAAACCGCCCAUACUCGGCUAUCGAUGUUUCGGCGAAUCUACACAACAAGGUCACAAAAGGCAAGCAAAUCGUAUACCACGCUUUGCAGAACGCAGCCGAAGCAUGCACCACUGAACAACUCGCCGUUCUCGACGAAACCAUUGUCGAUCUCCGCACACAAACCACCACUCUUGUCGCAGCCGCAAAGAAUCUCCGUGGCUCCCUGUCCAGUCUCAACUCCACGCUCAGCACGGCAGAUCUUGUCGCCAAUGUCAACACUCUUGAGACAGAGAAAGAGCAGAUCGAGUCUAGACUUGAUGGAUUGAGGAAGGGAAAGGCGAAAAAGGUCACGACAUCAGAGCGAGAAGCGAUUGAGAAGGAAUGGAAGAAGAGCAUUCGCGUGGCAAAGAAGAGGCAGAAGAUUGUGACGGAGAUGUGGAAAGAGAUCAAGGAGAAUUUUCCUGAUCCGCAAGAGAGAGAGGACCAGAGGGAGAUGUUCGACCUCGAUGGAUGA